UCUAAUUUAAUUUAACCUAGUAUAGGUUUGUAGUAGAGGUAUGUGGGUUUACGACGAAAGGAAAGAUCUUUCACCAAGCGGGUGAUAUUGCUCGGUAGACCGACGGUCCGAAUGUUGUUGUUCGGAACUUGUAUAUGCGAGCUUAUCUUGAAAAUGUCGUUAGCGAAAUUCAGGCAUCUGUCUAAUAUCUUGCGUUGUAUGAUGGCUACCCGCCACAGGUAAUUUCAGUUUCAAAGCUUUUGCCUUUACUCGUCCAUAUACUGUUUAAUAAUUAAAAUAAAAGCCUCGUUUCGACCAAGGCAACAUUGAAUAUCGGAUCAAAGUCAAAUACAUCUGAUUUGAACAUACGUCCUAUCGGUUCUUGUUUUCAUAUGGAACUUCCACUGGUGUGCUGUAUUCUUGUCUAUUUUUGAACUUAAUGAGACACCUCAACAUUAUGAAAACCGGCAUAACAGGACCCUCGCCCAGAGAGGGGGCUCGUGCCAUUAAUUGCUACUCAAAUUCCCGGAGCCGUAGCGCAUUCUGUUCUCGUCUGUCUACAAGGGCGGGGUGGCCUUUCCUAGAUCAACUCCCGUGUGGAGCUAAAGACAAGCGGUAGCAUACUUUAUCCCGGAUACUCCUGGCAUACAAGGCCAUCUCGAAGAAACGGCGUACAGUGGUCAGUAGUGACCCACACCCAGUCCCAAUGGUGGGAGAAUACAUUCUCAAGGGACUUCCCGCGCGAUAACCAAAACAACGACGAUAUACAUAAAAAUCGUGUACUGACAAUAAUAUCAAUAUCUGAUUAUUAUGUAGAUCAUAUUGAAAAUUAAUUUUUACUUCGCAAAUAUUUUUGACGUACAUUAUGUCAAGCUAUGUACUCUUAAUGUGUUUUUUUUAAAUUAUUGUAUAGGUGGGUGAAUGAACUCAGGGCCCAACUGAUAUAUUAUCGGUCACCGGAGUCCAUAGACAUCUACAACGUAAAUGCCGCCACCUAUCUUGAGAUAUGAGUUCUAAGGUCUCAGUAUAGUACAACGGCUGCCCCACACUUCAAACCGAAACGCAUUAUUGCUUCACGGCAGAAAUAGGCAUCACUAAUAGGCAUCAUUUUGGGUACCAUUACUUUUGAUAAUCACAAUAGAAAUAUGGCUCAGUUCCAAUUCUAGAACUUGUCUUUCUUUAAUACCAAAUGUAUCAUUUCAUGUUGUAAGUGCAGUAGUCCGGUAAUCUUUAUUUAUAAUACUGUUUUUGGUUCACAAAAUAAUAUAUCUUAUCUACUCGUAUAUUGUGGAGUAUAAAUAAACGCGCUGAAACUCGAAUAGACAUCACAACUGACUUUUCAAUUUGAAUUUCAGUUCACUUCUUUGCUACAAGAUGAAGUUCGCUCUUCUAUUCGUGUUGACCGCGGUCGUCGCCGUGUCGACUGAUGAAGUGGCUGACCCCAGCUCUACUAGCAGAGCAAACGGUUUGGCAAUCGGCAGUAUUGCUCCAAAUGAUAGACUGUUACGGAGCUUCGUUGUGACUCGUGCUGCGACAGCCAGCUCGCAGGCUGUCAACGUGAGGUACACGGCGCCUGCCGGUAGACGCGUCAGGGCCGUCCGAGCCCGGGAAGUAGGGGUGUCCCAGUUCGCGACCGUCCGCCUUGUCGGGGGCGGGGUCGGUUCAACUUUCGUCACUCUCCAGUUCAGAAACUCAGCACGAAGAGGAUAUCACUUCAAUGUACAGAUUUGGGGACGCUAAGCCUCAUCUGUCCAGCCGUCAAACACAUAUGCAUCUGUUUGUGACUCAGUGGUUUUACAAUACUAUAGUUUAUUAAUGGAUUUGUAUUCAAGAUUGUUAAUUAAAUUUUAUUUAUAUGAA